AAAGUUAAUCAGUCUCUGAUUCCCAUAACAUCUGACGCCGCUAAUAUUCAUUCACCUGGAGCUUACCGUUAGAUUGGAAAGCAUACAGAAAACAUCUAUAGCACUACAAGAUAAAAAACUGUUUAAAAGAGUUGAAAUCAGAUAGUGCGUUGAAACUAGUUUACCUUUGUCAAGAAUAUGCAAAAUAUGCAAAGGUACCUACAGAAUGAAGUACUUAAUAGCAAAAUGAACGAAUUUUACGCCAUAUUAUUUGAAAGUGAUUGUACCAUAAUUUGAAAAAGACCAAACAGCAGUCAAAAUAGUAAGUUUAUCGAAGUGAAUCGAUGUCAAAGUGGAUUUACCAACCAAGGAAGUCAAUGCGAAAAUUUUUGUGAUGCUCAUGAUAUAAUCCACCUUCAAAAGGGUAAAACAAUGAAACGUGUAUAUUAUUUCGUAUUAUUGAGUCGAUUUAGUGAGGGGGUGGAAAGAGAAACUACAAUAUUUUACCAAGAAAAAAAACUUUUGUACUAGUACAAUGCAAUGUUUCGUGUCAAGCCCUCGUAUACAAUAUGCUUCUAAAAAUACACUAUGAAUAUGAAUUUUAUGAGAUCUCUAUUAACUGUAAACACUAUAUUUGUUAUAUUGCUCGACUAGACCUCAGAUUUUAGUUGUUAGUUAACAUGUUUGUGUUGUUAUUUCAAACCAGAGGUUAAAAGUACACGGUAAUUUUUUUUUCUUUCGUACCAGCUAUAGUCGAAGGCUAUUCUGAGUUUUGACGAGAUUAACUUGUUUGAAUAAAGUCAAUAAACUAUUUUCUAUAUUUAUUUAUGAAGUUAAAUAAAGACAAUAAGAUUAAGAUUAGAUAUGGUAUACCAAAUAAAGCAGUUCGUUUAUUUGUUGUAAGAAGUCAUUCGAUUCAGUCAUGUUUCUGUUAGCGACAGUAUUUUUAGUAGUGUCAAUUUAUCUGUACAUACAAUGGAUAUAUUCCCAUUGGAAGAGGUCUGGAUUGGAGCAAAUAGAACCAGAUUUCAUAUACGGGAAUAUUAAAGAAAUAGCUUUAGGAAAAAUUAGUAGCGGCGAACACUUUAAAAAUCUUUAUAACGAAUUCAAAUUGAAAGGAUUGAAACACGGUGGUAUUUACGAAUUUCUGACUCCCUCUUAUAUACCAACAGAUUUGGAAGUUAUAAAAUGUAUUUUACAAAAAGAUUUCAAUCAUUUUAUGAAUCAUGGUGAUUAUGUUAAUGAAGAACUAGAUCCGCUCACCGGACAUCUUUUAGCUUUGGAAAACGAAAAAUGGAAAAAACUGCGGGGAAAACUUACACCAACUUUUACUUCAGGUAAAAUGAAAAUGAUGUUCUCAACUAUAGCAGCUUGUACGGAAAGUUUAAAAGAUAACCUUGAGGAGUAUGCUAAGAUAAAAGAUUGUGUAAAUAUAAAGGAUGUGUUGGUAAAAUAUACUACCGACGUUAUAGGGUCGACAGCUUUUGGAUUAGAAUGUAACAGUUUCGAAGAUCCCGAUUCAAAAUUUAUAGAAUUUGGGAAAAAAAUUUUUGGUACCGGUCGGAGGAAUUUCAAUCGAAUGGUCACAAACAAUUUACCGAAAUGUAUAUUGAACCUUAUAGGAUACAAACGAAACGAGAAAUCCAUUGAAGAUUUCUUUAUGGGUCUGGUAAAAAGUAUGGUUGAAUAUAGGGAGAAAAAUAAUGUUUAUAGGAAAGAUUUCAUGCAUCUUUUACUGCAGCUUAAAAACAGAGGAAAAGUUACGAAUGAUGAAAGUAUUUUUCCGAACGGCGAUGAAAACGGUGAUCAUUUUAUAUCGUUUAACGAAGUAGCCGCUCAAUGUUUCGUCUUCUUUUUGGCUGGUUUUGAAACUUCCUCAACCGCAAUGACUUUUGCUUUAUAUGAAUUAUCCAGAAAUCAAGAAAUUCAAGACAAAGUUAGAGAAGAGAUGAAAACCGUUACUAAAAAACAUAAUAAUAAAAUCACUUAUGAAGGUAUAAUGGAAAUGCAUUACUUAGACAAGGUCGUCAAUGAAACGUUACGUCUUCAUCCACCUUUACCAGUGACAGGAAGAAGAUGUAAUGCAACGUAUAAAGUCCCCAAUACAGACGUUAUCAUUCAAAAAGGAAAUAAAGUGAAAAUUUCAAUUUUGGGUGUACAUCGAGAUCCCGAAUAUUAUCCAGAUCCUGAUACGUUCGAUCCAGAGCGAUUUAAUCGGGAAAAUAUUCUGCAACGCCCACAAUUCGCUUUUAUGCCUUUUGGAGGAGGACCCAGAAUAUGUAUCGGUGAAAGAUUCGGAUUGCUACAGAUAAAAGUUGGAUUAACGUCUAUAAUUAGUAAUUUUCGUGUAACUUUGAAUGAAAAAACACCUCAACCGAUUACGUAUAUGCCUAAACUCAUAAUUUCUGGUGUUAAGGGCGGUGUAUGGCUAAACAUACACGAAGUAGACGAAGAAUAAAUAAAAGUAUUGAAUUAGCAGUGUUUUUAGAGAUGAAUAAAUAUUAUAUAACUUGUAACAAA